AUGGUGAAUGUUGAGGUGAAUGAACAUGGAGGAGUAGAGCCAAAUAGGAUUGAGUUCUACAAAAGCACUCAUUACUCGAGUGAAAAAGGAUGGUCAUCUCCAGAGGCUGAGACUAACUACAACAAAAUGAGAGAUUUGAGAGCUCGGUCUGUUCCUGAAGAGAAUCCAAUGACUAUUGAUGAAAUUGUUGAUAAUGUACUUGGUACAAGGUCAGGAUAUAUUAACGGCCUUGGCUAUGGUCCAAAGCCUAAUACAACUACAACAACAAAAAGAAGGACAGCAGAAUUAGAGGAUGCUCUUAGGAGGGCAAAAGAGGAUGCUGCUAUUGCCCAACAUGGUUUACAAGAACGUUUGAAUGUAGCUGAAACUGAGGUAGCAAAUCAGCAGAUACAGAUACAAACAUUAACUUCUGAGUUGGGUACUCUAAGGGCACGCCAAGAGGAAAUAUUAAACGAAAUGAAGCGUCAAUUUAUUGGCUCAUCACCAUCAAGGUUAGAAGUACUACAUCUUUAAAUGAUAAAUUCAAUUAUAAUUCUUUUAGCAUCUAAGUUCGAAUAUUUUUUUAAUGAUACAGCGAAG